CGCACCGUGCUGCUGCCCGUUAAGCUGGAUAUGGCCUACUUCCGCAAUACUCUUUCGCACCAACUUGCCAAGCUGAAUCAUUCUGUUGGGUUCAAUCAGUCCGAUCCCGUUUGGCUUGACAGCCCAUUUAGGCCGGUCAAUCUAAUGACAUCUCAGAUGCCCGGCCUCAGCACUGUCUAUCGACAACGCAAUGGUGAUCUCAUACCAAUUCUCAACGUUUGGCGGACCGGUUUCGCAAUAUGCCCCAGCAAUGCACCCACUCAUCCGAUUUGGGACUCCGACUCAACUUCUUAA